AUGACCUGCGGCAGUCCUUUAGGUUAAUUGGUCAUGUCAAUUAAUGAAGAAGGGAAAUAUUUUUUUUAAUGUCAAUACGAAACUACUGAAGAUAAAAUUCGUUGUUAUUUGGCUUUAAUUAAGAGUGGAAUUUAUAAAUGCUUAUAUUGCCAGGACAAUUACUAUGGGGAGAAUUGUGAAAAAUACAAUACUACAUCUACUAAACUAACAUCAAAAUGUUAAUAGCAAAAUCUUGAUGGUACUUGCGCACUCUGUUAUCCAGGAUAUGGAAAGAAAAGUGAAUAUGAUUAAACUUGCUCUCAAAGUUGUAUACCUUAUAGUUCAUGCUAUAUGGACCUCACAACUAAUGUUGUUUAUGAGCUUCCAUGCAUGGAAGAUGGAGCUUUUUAAUUGGGUACAAUCUGCGUUUGUAAAAAUUCAUGA